AUGAGUGCGCACGGGAAGAGCGGUGAGGCCAAUAUGGCUUCCCGCACCUGGUGACGGUUGAAGAAACUGUUAGGUCUCAUGGAGAAGCCCCGGGGCGUCGAGGAGACUUCAGAACCAAUGGAGGAGGAAGAGGAAGAUGAUGAUUUGGAGCUCUUUGGUGGCUACGACAGUUUCCGGAGUUAUAACAGCAGUGCAGGCAGUGAGAGCAGCUCCUAUCUCGAGGAGUCAAGUGAAGCAGAAAAUGAGGAUCGGGAAGCGGGGGAGCUGCCCACCUCCCCCUUGCAUUUGCUUAGCCCUGGGACUCCCCGCUCCUUGGAUGGCAGUGGUUCUGAGCCAGCUGUCUGUGAGAUGUGUGGUAUCGUGGGUACGAGGGAAGCCUUCUUCUCCAAGACCAAGAGAUUCUGCAGCGUCUCCUGUUCUAGGAGCUACUCCUCCAACUCCAAGAAAGCCAGUAUCUUGGCUAGAUUACAGGGAAAACCACCUACCAAGAAGGCCAAAGUCCUGCACAAAGCUGCCUGGUCUGCCAAAAUUGGAGCCUUCCUCCAUUCCCAAGGGACAGGACAACUCGCAGAUGGGACACCAACAGGGCAGGACGCGCUGGUCUUGGGUUUCGACUGGGGGAAGUUCCUGAAGGAUCACAGUUACAAGGCUGCUCCUGUCAGCUGCUUUAAACACGUCCCACUCUAUGACCAGUGGGAGGAUGUGAUGAAGGGGAUGAAGGUGGAGGUGCUCAACAGCGAUGCUGUGCUCCCCAGCCGCGUGUACUGGAUCGCCUCGGUCAUCCAGGCGGCAGGGUACCGGGUGCUGCUCCGGUAUGAAGGCUUUGAAAAUGAUGCCAGCCAUGACUUCUGGUGCAACCUGGGGACUGUGGAUGUCCACCCCAUCGGCUGGUGUGCCAUCAACAGCAAGAUCCUGGUGCCCCCGCGGACCAUCCAUGCCAAGUUCACCGACUGGAAGGGCUACCUCAUGAAACGGUUGGUGGGCUCCAGGACGCUUCCCGUGGAUUUCCAUAUCAAGAUGGUAGAGAGCAUGAAGUACCCCUUUCGGCAGGGCAUGCGGCUGGAGGUGGUGGACAAGUCCCAGGUGUCACGGACCCGCAUGGCCGUGGUGGACACGGUGAUCGGGGGUCGCCUACGGCUCCUCUACGAGGAUGGCGACAGCGAUGAUGACUUCUGGUGCCACAUGUGGAGCCCCCUGAUCCACCCAGUGGGUUGGUCAAGGCGUGUCGGCCAUGGCAUCAAGCUGUCAGAGAGGCGCAGCGACAUGGCCCACCAUCCCACUUUCCGGAAGAUCUACUGUGAUGCUGUUCCUUAUCUGUUCAAGAAGGUUCGAGCUGUCUACACGGAAGGCGGUUGGUUUGAGGAGGGGAUGAAACUGGAAGCCAUUGACCCCCUGAAUCUGGGCAACAUCUGCGUGGCAACCAUCUGCAAGGUCCUCCUGGAUGGCUACCUGAUGAUCUGUGUGGACGGGGGGCCCUCCACAGAUGGCUCAGACUGGUUCUGUUACCAUGCCUCUUCCCACGCCAUCUUCCCAGCCUCCUUCUGCCAGAAGAAUGACAUUGAGCUCACACCCCCAAAAGGGUAUGACGCUCACACUUUCAACUGGGAGACCUACUUGGAGAAGACCAAGGCGAAAGCAGCUCCAUCAAGACUCUUUAACAUGGACUGCCCCAACCAUGGUUUCAAGGUGGGCAUGAAGCUGGAGGCCGUGGACCUCAUGGAGCCCCGGCUCAUCUGCGUGGCCACUGUGAAGCGGGUGGUACAUCGUCUCCUCAGCAUCCACUUCGACGGCUGGGACAGCGAGUACGACCAGUGGGUGGACUGCGAGUCCCCGGACAUCUACCCCGUCGGCUGGUGCGAGCUCACCGGCUACCAGCUCCAGCCGCCCGUGGCCACAGAGCCCACCACGCCGCUGAAAGCCAAAGAGGCCACAAAGAAGAAGAAGAAACAGUUUGGGAAGAAAAGAAAAAGAAUACCACCAGCCAAGACCCGGCCCCUCAGACAGGGGUCCAAGAAGCCCCUGCUGGAGGACGACCUGCAGGCGGCAGGGAAGAUCUCGUCGGAGCCCGUUCCUGAUGAGAUCAUUACCGUGCGUGUAAAGGAAGAGCAUCUCGACGUGGCCACGCCUGACAAGGCCCCGAGUCCAGAGCUGCCCGUUCCCAUCGAGAACAUCAAACAGGAGACAGACGACUGAGACUUCCUCACUGCCCGCCCAGCCGGCAGCCAGCCCAGGGCGCCUCGACUGCCACCACCCCUCCACCCCACUUUCCUCUGGAGACUGA